UCACAUCACAAUUCAAUUCAAGCACACAAAUGCAUAAGCGUUUUACUAUUACACUAACAUUGUUCACAACAUAUAAUGUUGAUUCAAUUUAGCAUUCUGUUCCACUUCUUCAUCCCAAAUAAUUAAACCAAGAAAAGAAAACAAACCAUUUUGCCAAUGCUAUCACCAAACCCACUUUCUCUCUUGUGUGCAUUGCUUCUAUGCUUGCCUCUUGCCAUCUUAUACACCACCACGUCCACACCCACCCCCACUUCCACCUCCACCACCACCACCACCGCCGCCACAGCCACCAUUCAACCCCAAAACCGCACAAACAAUUUCAUUCCACCCAACAAAUUAUCACCUGAAGAGGCCUUGUUCAGAAUAGCCGCACGUGCCAAACGGAAAACCACACGUGCGAGAAAACUAGCUUUCAUGUUCCUCACCACCACCCCACUUCCAUUCGCACCCCUCUGGGAAGCUUACUUCAACCAAACUCCGACCACCCUCUUCAACAUCUACAUCCACGCCGACCCCACCUUCCACUACCACCCACCCUUCACCGGCGUCUUCUCCAACCGCCUCAUCCCAUCAAAACCCACCGCCAGAAACUCCCCUACGCUCGCCGCGGCGGCGCGUCGACUCCUCGCACGCGCCCUCAUCGACGACUCUUCCAACUACAUGUUCCUCCUCCUCUCCCCCUCCUGCAUCCCCCUCCACUCCUUCAACUUCACCUACCACACCCUCACCACCUCCGGCAAGAGCUUCAUCGAGAUUCUAAAAAACGAAACCGGAUCAUACGACCGGUGGGCGGCGCGUGGAACUCACGCUAUGCUCCCCGCGGUGAGGCUUGAGGAUUUCCGUAUAGGGUCCCAGUUCUGGGCUUUGACACGUAAGCACGCGAGGCUCGUCGUGAGUGACCGCGUGCUGUGGCCGAAGUUCAACGUGCCGUGCGUGCGGUCGGACACGUGUUACCCGGAGGAGAAUUACUUCCCUACUCUCCUGAGCAUGUGGGACCGGCGCGGGUGCGUCCACGCCACACUCACCCAUGUGGCGUGGACGUUCCCGAACGACGGGCACCCUCGCACGUAUGAGGCGUCCGAGGUGUGCCCUGAACUAAUUCGCACAUUGCGGCGUGAUAGACCGAGAUACGGUGAUGAUGACGGAGGUGGCAGUGGCAGACGUGAUCCGUUUCUGUUUGCGAGGAAAUUCGCUCCCGACGCUAUUGAACCGUUGAUGGGUAUAGCAGACGGCGUUAUCUUCAGGGACUGAAAAAUAACAGCGACGUUAAAUGCUGUAACUAUUGAAAAGUUACUGAAGUCAAAACCUAUGAUUUUACCAAAAUUGGUAAUGUAUGUACGUAGUACCAAUAAAGCUGCAACAUGUUAACCUGUACAGUUAACUUUUG